GGCGGGCUGGGGCGAGAUUUGUGGCCAUCGCGAUGUGCGAGCGGGUGGUUGCCGCGAUACAGCGGGGCUGCCUGCGGGCUAAUGGCGGCUGAGGGGCGCGAGCGAAGUUAAAAAGGAAACGAAUAUGGCCAGCAGUAAUAGACCUCCCACGGCUCGCUCUGCUUCGAGAGCAGGAGUAGGGCUGACCUCUUCAUCAAGGACUCCGUCAGCAGGCAGAAUAGGAACAGCGAUGCUUCCUAAUACAGCAAGACCUGGUUCUCGUGGUGGUUCUCUGACUUCUGGAGGAGUUUUAUCAUCUCAGAUAAAAGUUGCAGACCGUCCAGUGACUCAACAGGGAUUAAGUGGAAUAAAAACUGCAAUGAAAGGUCCUCAGAGACAGAUAAUGGAUAAAACAUACUACCUUGGGGUGCUGAGAAGUAAAACAAAUGAACUUACAACAGAAAUUAACAAGCUUCAGGAAGAAGUAGAAAUGUACAAGCAAGAGAAAUCUGUCUAUUUGUCCUAUGAAAAACGGGCGGAGGCUUUAGCUGGUGAAAUCAAAGAUCUUCAAGGUCAACUAGCAGACUUCAACAUGGUCGUGGAUAUACUUAACACCAGUACAGAUAUGGCGGAAGUGAUCCGUGAUUACAAUAUGUUAAAGGUUCAGAAUGACCGAGACGCCCAGAGUAUAGAUAAAAUUUUCACAGAAAGACAAACCACAGAAAAGUUAAAUCAAGCUAUAGAAGAAGAUAUUGAACGUGAAAAGGUUUUGGCAGAGGAUAUAUUGAAAGAUAUGACACAGGAAAAUCAAGCUAAAUAUAUGGAGAUGAAAGCUGCUAAUGAAAAGCUCUCCCAGGAGUUGGUUGUUCAACAGCAGGAAUUGGAUGCACUAAAUGUAAAGGAAGAGACUCUAAGAGCUGAAAUAGCACACUCUGGGAUGAAACAGAGAGCUGUGCAGUUGUAUGAGGAGGUCCAUGAGCUCAAGGAACGUCGAGACCGAAUGAUUGCUGAGGAUAAGAACAUGGAGUCUCCACAGGAGGAGAGAGAAAGAUUACUAAAGCAGGUUAAAGACGAUAGUCAAAAAAUUGCAAGCAUGGAAAGACAGUUGGCAGAAGUAAAAGAAAAAACCGAUUAUUUUAAAAAGGUCAUUCAACGACUUGAUAUGGAUCUGGAGAACAAUCGAGGAGAAGAAAAUUGGAAGUACAAAGAGUUGAAGAAGAAGGAAGAAAACAUGGACAGUUUUCUAGAGACUUUUGAAGAUGUGAAGAAUCAGGAAUUGGAACGAAAGGCUGAAAUAGAAGCCAACAUUGUUGCACUCCUGGAACACUCGAGCAGGAAUCUGAAUCACAUGAAACAAAUUUCAUCUGUUACCAAUCAAGAGCUGAAGAUUAUGCAGGAAGACCUCACUUUCAAAUCAAGCGAAAUGCAGAAAUCACAGAGCACUGCUAAGAAUCUGAUUACAGAGAGUCAAAAACUGCAGAUGGACCUACAGAAAAUGGAACUCUUGGAAGGCAAGAUGGUUGGUGAACUGGCUUCUCUUAAAGACAAAAUUGAGCAGACAAAAGCCGAGUUGGAUGUCUACAAUAAUUUACCAGCUCUAAAAGCAUCAGGAGAAGAAAAGAAAAAGAAACUCCAGGAUGACAAAGAAAAAUUAACAAAACGCAGCCAUGCUUUUAAGAAAAUAAUGGAGCAUUUGACUACAGAGUAUGAGACACUGAAGAAGGAGCUGGAAGAAAAUGAGACCCAUUCUCAGCUUACAAAUUUGGAGAGGAAGUGGCAGCACCAUGAGCAAAAUAACUUUAUGAUGAAGGAGUUCAUAGCAAUAAAAAGUCGAGAGAGUGACUACCAGCCAAUAAUGAAAAAUGCAAGAAAGCUGGUCAAAGAAUACAACAAAUCUCUCAUAGAAGCUUUACAGAACACCAAGAACUGAACCCAGGCAUUUCCUUCCUGCCCGAAUGGACCAACAAUGAGAGAGUGCAAGAAAGCUGGUCAAAGAAUACAACAAAGCUCUCACAGAAGCUUUACAGAACACCAAGAACUGAACCCAGGCAUUUCCUUCCUGCCCGAAUGGACCAACAAUGAGAGAUGUGCAAAGGCUACAUGGAAAGCUGGACUGUUGAGAUCAUUCACUUACCAAUAGGGUUACAGACAUUCUUAAAAUUAUUUUUCCAGGCUUUUAGAAGUUACAGAAUUUAAUACUAUCCCUCAUUUUGUACUGUUUAAAAUUUUUAGAAAUAAACAUACAAAUUUUAGAGACAGAAAGAGCUACUGUCCAAUGAGUUACUGAGGCCCAUUGCUGAAUUGCAUCUCAAGUGUGACACGCUGAAUUUCAAAUUGUCUUGUAGUCCUACCCGUGCCAAAUGGAGCAGAACUGCUUGACAGGCUGUCAUAUGCAUUAUCUCAAAUGAAGUAUGUAAUAAGAUGUGGUAAUAUCAGCAUACCAUACCUAUAUAGAUAGCAAUUUAUACCAAGUAAGGAAAGCAUCUAAGCAUGAGAAGCAUCUUUUAAAGUUGAAAUUGCUUCAUAAUGUAAAAUCUUAAAAUAAAGGCAAAUGCCAGCAAAUUUUCAUUUCCUACUGGAGAAUUAAGUUCUUUAUUUUUUAAGAUGUAAUUAUAAAGAGCAAACUGUAUUAAAAGGUAGUGAAACAUAGCUAACAGUGAUUUUGUGGGGAGCAUUUUAUUGCUGUAGUAUUCACCUGUAAAGGAAAUAGCAAAGGAAAUUAUUUGUAUUUUCUGCAAUGUUUUUUUCCCUUCAGUUUCAAGCAGCAGUGUCAUAUGGAACCUCUGACAAAAAUCCACAAGAAGGAGUUUCAACAUAGAA